CAGCAGGGGGGGAUGUUCAGUCCCUCCAGCAGGGGGCGGUAGAGCGACAGGAAGCUGCAGUUCAACCUCACAGAAGAAGAAGAGCAGGCUCAGUUGUUGAUGUUUGAGUCGGUGGUCUGAACGGUGAGAGCAACAUGAAGCUAUUACUAAACUGUGCUUCUGUUUACUGUGAACACAAAAUGCAUCAGUGGGAUCUGUCUCCGUUCUCAGUGAGUCCAGCUGCCAGCCUGCUGGCCAGAUGUGUCUCCAGAGAGGUCGUGUCUCAGGAGGAAUUAGACUCCGCCUCCUCCAGGCUGAGCCCCGCCUUCUCCUCUCACCUGCACGAGGCUGAACAGCGAAUCAGAACGCGGAGACAGCUGGACCAGCUGCAGCUGGAGGUGGAGCUGCUGAAGAUGGAGAAGGAGAGCGCCGACGUCACGCACACAUUCUACCUCACUCGGAGGUUCCAGGUGUUGCAGAUGUUCUGCGGUCACCUGCAGGACCUCCUGAAGGACCAGAACAGUCUGAGGCAGAGACUGAUGAGACCGCUGGGUCGCACCAACCUGCCCGUCCAGGCUCACCUGCACAGGUUUGUGGUGGAUCUGGUGAAGAUGCUGCUGGACUUCAUCGAGACUCUGGAGGAGAAGCUGAACUCGGUCCGCUGCAGUCCCGCCGCCAGAGACCGCCUCGCUCAGCUGAACUCCUCUCUGGCCCAGUUACUGGCUCAUGUGGCCGAGGUGGAGAGUUUGUCCAGCCAGGUUCUCCAGAGGAAGGAAGUCCACAGCAGCAAGCAGAGUGACAGCUCCGCAUGAUGACCUUCCUCCUCUUCCUCCUCCUCCUCCUCCUCCUCCUCUCUCCUCCUCCUCUCUCCUCUCUCCUCCUCCUCCUCCUCUUCCUCUUUCACCUCCUCCUCCUCCUCCUCCUCCUCCUCCUCCUCUUCC